ACCCAGCCCUUACCAAAAAAGAAAAAAAAGAAACCCAGCCCUCUGACGUUUAAGGUUUCACGAGGGAUUUCAUUUUCCCUCAUUUUCUCAGCCUCCAAUCAACAACCCUCCGGUUCUGCAGCUGAAUCUAGGCAUGUACAUUCAUUCGCUUUACAAGUUUUCGAAAAUAACGAUUAGUAUGUCAAGGUGAAGUGAGGAUGGCUACUGGCAACCUAAAGAAUAUUCUGGCUACGGCAGUCACUAGAGGAGUGACCGAAGCAAGGGCAAGGAUAUUUGGGCACAUACUUAACCCAACAGGCCAGAGAUCGCCCCACAAGCUGUUACGCAAGAAGCUCAUUGGUGAAAAGGUUGCCGAAUGGUACCCACAUGACAUCAUGAAAGAUGAUCCUCUAAUCAUGGCUCGUCGAGAACAAGAGCGCUUAUCCAAGCUUGAAAUGUUGAAGCGUCGUGGAAAGGGACCACCUAAGAAGGGCCAAGGAAAGCAAGCUGCCAAACGUAAAAAGAAUUGAUGUCUUCUUUUGUUCUUGGAAUUAGAUUAUCUUUUGAACAAAAAGGCUGUUAGCUUGUGGAAUUCUCGUGACAACUUUCCAGGAUGUUUUCCUGACUUAUUUUUGCCUAAAAGAAGGUUUGAGAAAUCAAUGCAUUUGCUUUUAAGUUACUGCCCUUUAGCCCUGGAUGUAGUAGAAAAUUGCGACUAAAUUGAGUGGCUACUUUCACAUUUACAUG